GUUCGUACAGCUUGCCCACGUGUGCCCAGAGGGGCUGCAAAAAACAGGUCUUACUGCUGUGAAGGUCUCCCUGAGAUUACACCAACCAUUCAGCUGGAAAAUCCAAGGACAUGUUUGCUAUGGGAUUUCUAUAGUCUGUCAACUACAAAGAAAGUCCUGUUUUGUUUUGAGUAGUAGUAAUGAGUACAGGUAUUAUCUAAGCAUAUCUGUACCAAUACAGUACCAUUGUAUCUCUGCUGUAUGUGCAUGUUUGAUUUGAAAUGAUAAGUAUCAUAUUUUUCCUCAUUGAUAUGCUAAUCCAGUAAAGUUCUUUGGUAGUUCUGCAUAAUGAGCAAACUGCAUUCAUGUAUAGCACACCAGUUUUGUACAGUAGGUACAAGCAGUAUAAGACUGGACUGUAAGUUUUCACCCACUCACACAGUCACACUGGGAAGGAUCCCUACUCUUUUCCAUAAGUGUGAUUUAUAAUGUAUGACCACUGGACCACUAGCUUUAUGUCCCAUUGGAGGAGACAUCCCAAACAGAAGAUUUUGCACUUUUCUGAGUGGAGUGAGGAAUUAGGCAUAAAGUACAUCUCCUAAAGGCAUAACACUAGUUUGCUAGGGAUUCAGGCCCAGAAAAUAUCAUAGGUUUUAGGUCAAUAACCCUACAUGCAGGCCUAAUUAUAACCGCAACACUCCACCUGACGCUACCUGGCUCCAGCUCCUGACUCCGCCCUUUCCCAAUGCCUUAGGGAGAAAACAGACACCUGACAUGUCCAGUUGUGCAGGUUUCUCUACCAUUCAGAUCUGUUUGAAUUGCUCUCUUUAUGUCUGCACUGAGAGUUGCAGUCAAGAAAGCCAAGUUGUCUUCAUAGAUGCAGUUUGUAGAAUUUCUGUUGGAAUCUGGAUUGCAUCUUUACAUGGUGUUCUGUGUUCAGAGAAGAAGCCAUAUACUGACUAUAGUUGUACUUCUGCAAGGCUAGACGAUUGGACUUGCUUUGUAUGUUACAGUCUUGUAACAGGCUGGCUUUUGUCCUAUAAAGUACACGCAUGGUUAAAAAGGAACAGUCGGAAAACUCUACGAGCAUGUCGGACAAGUUGGUGAAAAGUGGACGGACAUUCCAAAAGCAUGGUGACUUCACCAUCAGCUACCUAUCCCAUGAUUCCGAGGGGCAGGAGGUGUGGCUGUCGCUGCUGUCGGACUGGGACCUGGACGCCGCGUUCAUCUCGUCCUCGCACCCGUACCUCCGCCUCAGGGUGGACGCGCGCCCAUUCGAGGACGGCCCGAUGCCCAAUAACAUGAAAGUGAAGCUGAAGCGCAGGUUUUCGUUGAUGCCCAAGUCCAAACCAUCCAUUGUUGAGUUCACGGGGCACAAAGCCCUGGAUGACUGGGACAUCAUCUCAUCUAAGGACACCCCAGAACCCGUACCCCAUCCUGUGGUCCCCAACGUUCCCAACAAUCGACAGAAGCCCCCGACCCAGCCCUUCCGCCGCUCGCUCUUCAGCUCGGUCCAGACCACGCUCACCAAGAUGACACAAGUUCUGUCCUUCAACGACACCAAGGAGGAGGAAGAUGAGAAGCCAAUGAAACCAGCACUCUCUGACACAGAGUUCCACUCCUUCCUGGAUGAGUCUGGCCGGCUGAUUCGCCCGGAGGACUUGAGACUGAGAAUAUACCACGGCGGGGUGGACCCUGCGCUGCGGAAAGUCGUGUGGAGACACCUUCUGAACGUGUACCCCGCGGGAAUGGGCGGGAAGGAGAGGAUGGACUACAUGAAACGGAAAGCAAACGAGUACCUCAAGCUGAAGGCCAAGUUCUUGGCCCAGGACACGGAAGAAGCGCAGUUCGUGAAAAACAUGGUCAAAAAGGACGUGCUGAGAACUGACCGCACGUUGGACUUCUUUGCCGUGCCAGACGAGCACCCCAACAUCACGGCUCUCUCCAACAUCCUGACAACGUUUGCGCUGACCCACCCCGACGUCUCCUACUGUCAGGGCAUGAGCGACUUCGCGUCCCCCCUCCUGGUGACCAUGCGUGACGAGGCCCAGGCCUACGUCUGCUUUUGUGCGCUGAUGAAUCGCAUCAAGCCCAACUUCAUGCUGGACGGGGAAGCCAUGACACACAAGUUCCAGCACCUCACAGAACUCAUGCACUGCGUCGCCCCAGAGUUCACCGAAUAUCUGUACAAGCAACAGGCCGAGGACCUGUUUUUCUGCUACCGCUGGAUGCUUCUAGAACUGAAGAGGGAGUUUGCCUACUACGACGCCCUGAGAAUGUUGGAGGUGAUGUGGAGCUCCCUGCCGCCCAGCCCACCACAGAAGGACUUGGAACUGAUCGACAACGUUGCACUGAUGGCCAACCUCUCUAUCGCCAGGUACCCUUACAACGAGGCCGACAGGCGACAGAAGGGUCGAAGGUCGUCCAGCUCGUCCAACCAGAGCAACAGUCCAAAGUCACGUGAGCACAGAAUGCCCAAUAGGAGAGGUCGUCGGAGGGCGUCUUCCAACUCUGACAAGGAGGAUGGAAACCACAACAGCAUGGUGGAUGGGCGAGGGAGCCGCAUGCCAUCAAAAGACAUGGAGUCAAAGUCCACCAACAGAACAACGCAACAGAUAACCCAUGGUAGCUCCUCCUCAGCUCAUAGCAACGGUAAGAGUUCUCUGGUCCCCAACGGACCCAAAGCAGCCAUACCCAACGGCGAACUUCCCAGCCCCGCCCGCAGCCCCAUGGUCUUCAAGAAACAGCUGAACGGCCUGUCCAUGUCGUCCCUCCCACCCCCGGACAAGUUUGGGUACGGGAACCCCUUCAUGCUGUUCCUGUGUCUCACCAUCCUACUGCAGCACCAGGACAUCAUCAUGCGGGAACAGAUGGACUAUAACGACAUCGCCAUGCACUUCGACAAGCACGUGCGCAAACACAACGUCAACAAGGUGCUCAACAAGGCACGGACUCUGUUUGCCGAGUACUUAAAGGCACAACUACAGAAAUCUGCAUCAAGUAACGGCAGUGGGCCUAACCAAUGUUAGGGCUCUAACCAACUUCCAUCUUGCUACCGGUCUGCAUGCAUCAGAUUAGCACAACUACCUGGCCAGAAUAUCAUGACUACUUCUUUAUGUGUCAAUCCCUGUACGUCUGCUUACGUGGAAAAAUGGCAGAAAAAAGAAAAAUCCUCUACAGCUGUUGCAGUUAUGUACACACACAUAUUACUUAGUUCAUUGACAGGUAUCCUGAUACAAUGUUAACAGUCUUUGCUUAUAUCCAACAUAAUAACGAUAACUUUGUUGCCAUACUUUGAGAAGGAAAUAUACAAUAAUCUACAAAUUGCUUUUGGACAAAUGUGCAAGAGAGCUUUGUGAAGAGUUUUUCCAAUCACUCACUCAUGAAAAGCAAAGCACUGCUAUGGGCCCGGACGUAUGAUUAUACAUGGGGUAUUCCAGGAGUGGUCGUACAUGUAGGCCACAAAAUUCAACUGUCUUGUUUCGUCAAAGGUCGUGUCUUUGUUGGCAGAUGAUUCUGUCACGGACGGCUUGAGAAUUCCACGGCAUCAAAAUCGUACAAGGAGCUAGGACUCAUGUGAUUAUGUUGUUAGUCAUUAUCCCUAGAAAAGGUCAGGAGCAUUGAACAUAUUUUUCAUCAUACAUGCUGUGUCACCUUCUUAGUACAUGUGUUCCAGAGACACUGACUGUUGGUAACAUUGCAAAGCUGGCCCAUAUUCCAAUUUUAUGGACUUCUGGCAUGGUAGACAUAAAACUAGCAGCUAUUACUAUUCUGAUACUGAUAAGCUAGAUGUUGUCCAUAACUUUUAAAAACAAAGUCAUUCUUUAUAAAGAUUUAUAUGCUAUUUCUGUACCCAAACUAAAGCUCUUACCAACGUACUUUCAAUCUAUUGUCUGAUUCUUUUCAAGUAGAAAUUAUCCAAAGCCCAUGUCAUGUGACCUGAAGUGGCACUGGCAACUUUUCAAAGUUGGAGGGUUGAAAGGCUCUGACGCUAUAACUGCUUUCACUCCACACAGUAGGGUAUCCUACUCGCUGUCCAAUCCUUACCCAAUCUAAAGUCAGAGAAUCGCCUUGAAUUCGGUAGGAAUAUUCUGUGAAAGCCUUUGAUACUACGGAGGAUAGCACCCAGGCUAGUUCUGCCAGGCCAAUGGGUCAAAAACUUUCAAGAAUAGAUGCUUCAAAUUUGACAAAAAUCAAAGAACUGAUAGAAGGUUGUUGGUAAGCACUUUACUCUGUGUACAGAGAUAAUAAAAUCUUUAUAAUGCAAUUACCACCACUGACACAGAUGAACUUUCAUUGGAGAAUGAGGUAGUACCUUUCUAUGACUGACCAGGAUUGAAGUUGCAAGAUAUGCAUAGAAUUAAUGAGCAAAACAAUGGGCCAGGGGUGGACUUGAUGUUCCAGCCCUGCAGCUGAUGCUGUAAUCAUGUAAUGUUACAUGUAAAAUGCUAUUUUGUAGCUACCUAGAUGCAGUAGUCUAGUAUACGUCCAAGCAAUCCGUCACCAAAGUGCCAAUAUUAAGGAAAUGUGCAUCUAAACAUCGAGCAUGAUGAAAAACAUUUUAUUGUAAGUGUUUGAUCUUGGUGCAGUAGUAGGCUAAGAAUACAUGCAUGGCACAGAGUGAGUAGAGGAGCUGUUCCUUGUUGCUCUAAUCUCUGGCUACAACAACUGGAAAAAAUAGACAAGAUAUAAAGUAAUUUAUUGUAAAUACUGUGCAACAUUCCGGGCAGUGUGCUAUGAGGCCAUAAGUAAAUUGCAACAGAGAGGACGUUGGUAAAGAUAGUACUACAACGUUACUUUCCAUUGCAUUAUUCUAAAAGAAUACAAAUCAUGUUCUCUGCUGAUUUUUAUGAUCUUGUAAAAGUUAAAUUCAAGUAAGAUUUGAAUUAGGGUAUGUGUUAAAAAUCUUUAUAAUUAUAAGUGUAUGUUGUAAAUAUGUAUCUAAUGAUAAGGUGAGAUUGUUGCAGGUUUAGGGACAUGUGCUUGUGAUUUUAGUGUACAUAACAUUAUAUAAGUCAGGCAAACCGGCAUGUAAACUAUUCUACAAAGAGUCAUUUUAAGGGGAGCCCAAAUUGUAAGAACUCUACUUUUACUGAGAAGUACCCAAGCCAUGGCAGCCGGCAAUGUCAAAUAUAAUCCAGGGUCGACUAUGUUCAUUCAAUAAAGCUGGAAUGAUUCUCUUCAUA